GAGCGACUGCUGCAGUUCAGUCUUGAUCAAGCUACCGAACGGUUGAGUCCGCGAUUCUGACCAUGGAGUCGAAGCAGUUACUCUGGACGAUAGGAGUGUUCUAUUUCUGUUCACUCCAAUUCUUUUCUCAAGCACAAAUUGCUCCGUCUUGUAGUAUUUCUGUAAAACAGCCUUUUGUAAGUAGAGCCAAUUCCAUUGAGACUGGUACCGUCAACUGUGGAAGAUGGAGUCGACGAGAGGUUUCAUACCACUGUCAUAAAACAACUUGCACCCUAGAUUAUACUACAACAUCCCAACCAGCGUGCUGCUCAGGGUAUUGCACCAACUCUGAUGGUUUAUGCGUACCGAUCUGCAAAUCACGCUGCGAAAACGGAUACUGUGCAGCACCUGAGACGUGCAAGUGUCUGGAUGGAUUCACAAUGACCAACGGAGUCUGCAAACCCAUCUGUAGUCACUGCCAGAACGGUAUGUGUGUUGCACCAAAUCAGUGCAUCUGCAACAAAGGCUAUGAGCGCAGUAAUGCUGGCACAUGUGUGCCCAAGUGCACCGACAUCUGUCUGAACGGAAUCUGCACUGCCACCGGACAAUGUGUCUGUGCGGAAGGGUACUUCAGCAGUCCGGCUAUCGCCAACUUUGACGGGCUUGUGAAUGCCACGCUAUGCGUGCCGAACUGCGAUAAGACAUGUCAAAACGGCCGAUGCGUAGGACGGAAUCGAUGUCAAUGUCACGAGGGAUUUCAACCUUCCGGCGAUGCGUUUCAAUGUGAGCCGAUAUGUGUGAAUGACUGCUCCAAUGGCAAGUGCACGGCUCCCAACAUGUGCGUCUGCAACGAAGGCUAUCGGUUCGAGGUUGAUCGUUGUGUCCCGGUAUGCAAUCCACCCUGUGUGAAUGGUGCUUGCAAGCAGCCGAACAAAUGUACUUGCUACGAAGGAUACUCGAAGGUGCCAGGCUUUACUAACAAAUGUGAAGCUGUAUGUGAUCCUCCGUGUCAAAAUGGAACCUGUACCCUACCGAACGAAUGUACGUGCCAUGCUGGUUAUGUUCCUUCACCAUCCGCUACUGAGCAGUGUGUACCAUUCUGUGAUCCAAAGUAUGUAGACGUUGAAAAUGGACUCUGCGUGGCUCCAAAUGUUGUGCGAUGCAAUGCGAACUAUCGUCUAACACAGCAUCGACAAAGCAACACAGUAAGCUGUGAGCAGAUAUGUACCCUACAAUGUGUCAACGGACAAUGUACGGAAGGGGAUCGCUGUGUGUGCCAUGAAGGUUACGAAGCAGAAAAAGCUCGUCCCAAUCUAUGUAUGCCUGUCUGUGAUCCACCCUGUGAACUGGGCCACUGUAUCGCUCCAAACGUAUGCGAUUGUCACGAAGGGCACGAGAAGCAGGAGACAUCGAAUCAGUGUGUGCCGACCUGUAAUCCGAAAGUAGUCGAAUGCACUAAUGGCCAGUGUACGGGUGUGAAUGUUUGCGAGUGCGAUGAAGGAUACUCCCUGCAAAUCGGUGAUGAUGGAAUCCAACGAUGCCUUCCUAUCUGUGAUCCAUUGUGCAGCUUUGCUACGUGUGCCAAACCUAACGAAUGUCAAUGUUGGGAAGGAUACACUCUCUCUGUGACAGCUUCAUCUGUUUGUGAACCGUACUGUGAGAAUGGCUGCGAGAACGGGACUUGUGUAGGGCCUGCGAAAUGCGAGUGUCUAGAAGGCUAUAUGGCAAUCAAUGAUAGUGCCUGUACACUUUACUGUGAUCCCAGAGUAGUCGACUGCGAGUCUGGAGGCAGCUGUGUUGGGCCUAAUGAGUGUGAGUGUUUCGAAGGAUACAUGCUAGAGACAGGCCCUGUUGUUCCUAAUCGUUGUAAGCCACAAUGUUCCGCUCUGCCAGACAACGCCGUAUGUACUGCACCGGAAGAGUACAGCUGUCUGGAGGGAUACAAUGCUGUAUACAAUCAGGAAGAGCUCUCGCAAUGUAUCCCAAUCUGUGAGCAAGACUGUGAGAAUGGCACCUGUACAGCUCCCAACCAGUGCUCGUGUUAUGAAGGAUAUACAGCGGGCUAUAAUGAAAGCUGCACUUCCAUUUGCGAGAGAGACUGUGAAGCGCACAGUGGUUUUUGUGAAGAGAACCUGUGCCAGUGUAACGAUGGUUACAGUAACCUUAUCAAUAGAUACACAUGUUCACCCGUCUGCGAGGGAUGCAAGCACGGGGAGUGUUUGAUGCCGGGCGAGUGCUCUUGUUUCGACGGCUACGAGAUGAGCAACGACACCGAUUCAUGUGAACCACUGUGCGGCAAUUGUACAGAAGGAACGUACUGUCAAUCCCCCGGAAAAUGUGCAUGCUACGGAGACGCUACUAUGCACGUUGACGAACAGAACAACGUACAAUGUAUUCCAUCUGUAGAAUUAGCCCUUCACUCAACUGAGUACAUUCUUUGGUUGGCUAUUGCUGGUACGCUUGGCGGACUUACAGUACUGUUUGGUAUUGUGUACUUCAGGUACUUCAGACCAUCUGGUAGCUUUAAGACUACAGGAGUAAGAAUGAGUGAAAUUAAAUCCAUUGACUGAACGAGUGAUUUGUUAUUUGUUGAUUUGUUCUUAUAUCGAUUUGCGUUGGUUUGUGCAAUGAACAUAAUCUUUGUGUAAAUUGACGCAUUUGAAAUUAUCUUUUCAUAUGGUAAGCUUUUUUAGAUUUUGAAACGUCUUCAAGAUUCGUUGUAUACGGGAAAAACUAAAUCAAAGCCCUUGAAAACUUGCUGCCGAGUAGUUUGUUUCGAUCACAAAGCAAUUCUAACGCCGCAUAAUUUCGCGUCGAGACAGCAGUAGCAACAACAGCAAAAAGUCAAUGAAUAAACGUUAUUUACGACCUGCCACGAUAUAUGACUUUGGUACCAGCACCAGACCACCGAGUUUUGCCCUACGAGCACCGGCGAGACGAAUGUUAUGCCGCGACACCAUGAGUUAUACGAUAACGCCCAGCCCACCGUUCCGUUCCUGUUGAACCAGACGAUUCCUAGACGACCACCAAUUGGACCCAGGUUUUCAAGCGAAAGUGUAUAGUGCCCGCUUUUUACGGUGGACAGAAAAAUUGUAGGGAAAAAUCAUAUGAAAUGAAAACCACAAACUUGCUGUAAAUUAUUGCUCAAUAAUAAAUAUUUCCCUACGAAUGUA